AAGAGCAACCCUCGCGCGAUCACUUUGCAAUCCCGGGCGCGCGAGAUUUAUUUUCAUGUGCGCGCCCGGUGUGCCUCAGUCAGCGAUUGGUGAUCGUGCUCGAUCAACGGUUCUCGACUUCUUCGUCGCCUUCCCCAUAUUGCACUGGGUGAGCAUUCUAACACACACCUGUCUGUCCCACCAGGCCUAUCGGUCGGAGUUCCGCCUUUUCAGGUUUCUCCGUGAAGGGGGAAUAUGUUUGCUGCGUGCUCAUUGGCCAGACGGCACGUGCGCCAGUGCCAGGUGCCGUAUGGAGGGGAUGGUGGUAUAAAAAGAGGUUACCAACACCAAAUCCGGCAUUCAAGGCUCGACGCCUCAUGUGAAAGGUUGCUGCCUCAGCACAGUUCGUUUGCUUCUUUUUUGUGUUUUACAUUUUUGGUGUGUUUAUUUCUUCUCUUCUCUCAUCUUUUGAGUUUGGUGUGUUGCACAGUGCUACAAUUCCAACAAAACUUUGAGCACUACAGCGCUCUGAAAGCCGCAAGUGUUGAGACAUUUUAUGUGUGUUACCUGUGGAUGGAUUUUCGUUCAAGAGAAGGAGAAAAAAAUAAGAAGAGAGUGCUAAUCAACUGACAAAGCAAUUAAAGACAAUUUUAUUUUGUUCGUGAAUCCACAAUUACGACAAAUUAAAACUUCUGUUUUCUCAAAAAAAAAAAAAAGACAAAAAUUGAAUAAAAAAGUUUUCUUGUGUGUGAGGAAAAGGAUUUGUUGUGUGCAAAUUGAAAAUUUAAUGAAAAUAUGCCAACAUCCAUCAUGCAGAAAAACUACAGUCACUGUCCUCUUAAGAAACGGCCAGUUCACAUUGUCCGUGAGGAGAUUAUUAAACAAGAAGAAUUUGAUUCGGAUGAACCUGAGAAUUUGAGUACAAAACCAGAAGACUUGUCAAAGAGUGGCGGCAAGUAUGCAAAGAAAUCCCCAACUCCUGUUUCAAGGAGUCCCUCACCACAGAGGCAUAGUGUAGCCAUUCCAACGCCACAGUACCCAAGUGUACCCCUAAACUACCAUGCCUCCAUCAAGUCUGACCCUGCAGCUGCUCUACGAACGACAGAUCCCCUAAACUAUGCAAGUCCCACCAAUUGGCAUAAGCCAAUUUCAUCCCCUGCUGCAUCCCCAUACCCCUACCUCCCACUCCCAGGGUAUGUUCUACCCUUUCCCGGUGAUCACUACGGAACUAUCUACCCACACCCACCGUCACCCACGCGUUCUGACCAACUAUCACCGUAUGCACCGAGAGAUUCAUCCGUUUCCCCACCUGCCCAUGGAUUCUUGGCUACUGCCCCGCCGAGGAUACUCCAUCAGAGGGAUGCUUCGCUGUCACCACCGAUUCUCAUGCAACCCUACGCAACGGAUCUCCGUCGAAUUCAUCACAACAAUAAUAAUGUGAUCAAGACCGAACACUAUGGGCAUCAUCGUUUUAUGCCAUACCUCGGACAUCACCAAUCCCUCAUGAUGCCCGUUGAUCACUCAUCGCUCUCCCCAACGUCCAGCCACGCAUCGUAUAAUUCACUAAUGUCCUCACGGAGAUCCACAUCCCCCUCAUCGAGUGCUUCAACCCCGGAGGAUCUCUCAGCUGCACCCCAUCCGCUACGCCCGUUGACGGAGAAAUCCACAUCAAGUGCCAAUAUUCAAAAGAUUAAGAAAGACAGUGAGAAGUCAAGUGCAAAUGGUGCUCCGCGGUAUCAGUGUCCCGACUGUGGUAAAUCCUACUCCACAUUCUCAGGCCUCUCGAAGCAUCAGCAAUUCCAUUGCCCCGCAGCUGAGGGAAAUCAAGCAAAGAAGUCCUUUAGUUGCAAGAAUUGUGACAAAGUUUACGUGAGUCUGGGGGCACUGAAGAUGCACAUUCGUACCCACACCCUCCCGUGCAAGUGCCAUAUAUGCGGGAAGGCAUUUUCACGGCCAUGGCUCCUGCAGGGACACAUAAGGACGCACACGGGGGAGAAGCCCUUCAAUUGCCAACACUGCCAGCGUGCCUUUGCGGACAGAUCUAAUCUACGGGCGCACCUUCAGACGCAUUCGGACAUCAAGAAGUACUCCUGUUCGUCCUGCAGCAAGACCUUCAGUCGAAUGUCUCUGCUCACGAAGCACACAGACGGUGGAUGUCCGGGGCUGCAGAUGAACACAGCUAACAGCUACACAGGUACAAUGCCCCCCAAGGACAUCAGUAUGUACUAAAGGAUGCAGCAGCAUCCACCUCUCCCGAAAUGCACAAAGACUGAUCUCUCACGCAGCCACCGAGAAUUUCUUCUAUGAGCCACGGGCUCUUCAAGUAAGCACUGAUUUCACAUGAAAAAAAAUCACGCGAAAAGUGACUUUUCCAAUAUUUCUUUUAGUUAAUUUUUUUCUAUUAAAAAAAUACCUUUCAUCCUGAUUUAUAAGAGUUUUAAAAGAAAAAAUCCUCCUUUAAGUGUUUGAAAAGACAUUCGUGUCAUAAAAAUGUUCUGAAGAAAUAAUUUAUUGUCAUUCCUUUUAGAUGUUUAAGAUCUUUUUUUUUAAAUGUAUUUUUCCACAUAAGGCGAGAAGUUGACCAAAAAUUAGUUUCUAGGUGUGUGCUAAACUCCCGCGCGCUAAAUGCGAGAGGAAGCUAGUCAAUUAAAUGAGCACGGUACUUGAUUUUUUUCUCUAUAGAUCUCAAGACACAACCCCCCAAAAAAUAUUAAACAUGUGAAGAAAAUCCCCGUAAAAAUCAUUUUCACUUCGAAUUUUUCUACUAAAAAAUUGGCUAAAAAGAAAUCUUUUGGAUCAUGAUGCUUAAAUUCUCUGAAAAAAAAGAAAAUUGUGCCUUAAGAAAAUGUUGUGCUAAAGAUAAAAAAUCCAAGAGAAAUCUAAGAAAAGACAAACAUUUCUACAAACAAAAGAAGAAAUAGAAAAAGCGAGCAAGGUUAAGAAUAAGAGUGUAAAAAAAGAGAGUUAGUGUAAGAGAUCAUGUAUAAAAGAAAAAAGCUGUGUAAAUAGCAUAGAAUAGGAUGAGAUUAUUUAAUAUAUAUAUUUUUAUGUAAACAUUGAGUUAAGAUGAGAAUACAUAUAAUUACAAUGUAUAAGAAGAGUGUUUAUUUUUGCAAAAAAUAAACUAAAUUACAAUAAUAUUGAAC